AAACAAAGCCGCGCCGGUUGGCUUUGAGCAGAACAGUCGAGCACGAUUUAUCAAAUUUUGGCGAGAUUCCUAUCGCUAAUUCAUCAAUUUGGACAACUUUAUUACUAAAAUCAUAAUAAUUUUAUUCAUGCGCAAGCCAAUAUUCUACAAUUACUUUGCGUGAAUAUUCGCGGUGCCUUUUACCCGUAUGAUCAGCGAACUUUCCUUGUUUGACGCACUAUGCCUGUAAUGUGCCUGCACCGACAAGAACAAUGCUUUUCUUGGUGCUUCACUUGUUGCUGCAUCAUAUAUUCAUUCCAGCAUACGGCAUAAAUCAUUGGAUUUUGCAGAAUGAUGGCCGCAUUACACAGAAAGUUGAUUCACCCUUUCUAUUGCGUGAGCCUCAUAAUCUAGUAGCCUUUCUGGAUCAAAUACGACACAACGAUUACGUGGAGCAGUCUUAUCUCAAGCUUAGACGCCAACGAGAAUUGAUUGCGGAGCAUUUGCGUUAUUCGAAACAGUUCAGUGAAGAUUUAGUUGUACAGGCGGAGCGUCUGCAACCACAUCUUGGCUCGCAAGCACAACCAAUGCAAAACUUAAUUAAUUCGUUGGAAGCGCUUACAAAGCAAACUGCUAAAAUGUAUAGCUAUCUGGAAUUUGUGAAGGAUGAAUUAAAAGAGUUCAGGAAAUUGAAAACACAAAUAACACAACACCACGAAAAGCUAAUACAACAACAGAUUCCACUGGCCUCCCGCCAGUUAGAUGAAAAAAGUAAUAACGAAGAUUUAUUAAAGAGAGGGCAAUACUGCAGUACUCGCACACUUUCAAACACCGAAGAUCCAGUUUUGUUUUGUGAUUUUUAUUCAGAUAUGCAAAUGCGUUUGGAGGGUAAGGAUGUUGAUCCAGAAGCAUUGGAACGUGAUUGGCAGCUGACCAGCGUCGUGCUCAAUCAAGUAACUAAUCUUAACGUACAACAACGCAUAAACUUAGAGCAAAUAAAAGCAAUGAGGGCGAAGAAGGCUGCAGUUGCAGCAAGCGCCAAGGAAAAAAAGGCACAAUCGUCACCUACAGAAAAUAACGUCAAAGAUACAUGAAAUAAGAUGGGUAAAAUUUUUAAGUAUGUUCUUUGUUUCUACAAAAUUUUAUUUUCUUCUGAUCGCGUUUCUCAACACACCUUCAGUCUUUAGGUUUUUUAAAUCCUUAAGAGACUUAUAGAAUUUAAGACAAAACAUUUUGUAAGAAACACCCUACAUAAUUGGCGGUACAAAUGCUAAACUUUGUAUUAAUAUCGAAAUUUUAUAAGUUAAGUGUAUAUUUUUACUUAAUACAGAUAUCACCAAAAACUAUA